AUGGCCUCCCUUCAGUACCUUCCCCCGGUCAAGCCCUCUGCCAUCGCGCUCGGCACCGUCUUCAACCACGCCGCAUCCCUCGCCGUCCUCGGCCCGCUCUUCGGCGAGACCUACCGCCAGGCCCAGGCCGCCAACUCCAAGGAAGAGUUCUUCAAGUCCAAGGAGGCCGCCUCCGCCGCGACCGCCUGGGGCACAUCCCUCGUCGGCUCGUCCAUCCAGGCCUACGGCGUGGGUGCGCUCAUCAAUGCCACCGGCACGCUCAGCUACAAGGGCGCCGCCUACCUCGGUAGCUUGAUCUUCUUCGCCAGCUCUGCUCCAUCUUUCGUCGCCCAGAUCGCCACCGAGAAGCGCCCCCUCGACACCGUCGCCGUCGGCGCCUUGGCCCGCGUCUUCGAGACCGUCGGCCUGUCCAUGUUCAUGACCUGGUGGGGCACCCGCACCAACCCAUUCGACUAA